CCUAGUGUUUCAUAACACUCAAUCUGCACUCAGCCGAGUAACCGGGUCUUCUUCUGUCCUCUAAAGCACUCAUGGCUCUGCUGUCAGUCCUCACGCCUGUCCUGGCUGUGGUCCUGUGCCUGGUGAUAGGCUUCAUGCUGGUGAGGUCACGGGAGACAGAGACCACCUCGACCCCCCCUAGAAAAACUGAAGGGCCAAAAAAAGCAGACUUUAGACCGUGGGUGGACCAGGACUUGCAGGAUGAUACAGAAAUCACAGCAAAAGAGGAAGAGGAUGGCGAUUGGGCAGACAGCCACGAGGAGGAAGACCUUCUACAUGUACCCUACUCACCACCACGUUACCCCGAGGAGACGAUGCUGCAGAGAUCCAAGGAUCUGUACACUCUGAUGAACCAGCGGAGGUCUGUCCGAUUCAUCAGCCCUGAGCCAGUCCCACGAGAAGUCAUCGAUGAUGUCAUCCGUACUGCAGGUACGGCCCCUAGUGGAGCGCACACAGAGCCCUGGACGUUUGUCGUGGUGUCAGACCCCGACACAAAGCACCAGAUCAGACAGAUAGUAGAAGAAGAGGAGGAGGUCAACUACCGUCAGAGGAUGGGGGACAAGUGGGUCAAUGAUUUGGCCAAAUUAAAGACAAACUGGAUUAAGGAUUACCUGGAUGUUGCUCCAUAUCUAGUCCUUGUAUUCAAACAGACCUAUGGGAUUCUACCAAAGGACAAGAAAAGGACACACUACUACAAUGAAAUCAGUGUCUCCAUUUCCUGUGGAAUCCUGUUAGCUGCCUUACAGAACGUGGGUCUCGUCACCGUCACAUCGACGCCUCUAAACUGCGGCCCCCAGCUCAGGAUCCUCCUCAAACGGCCGGCCAAUGAGAAGCUGUUGAUAUUACUUCCUGUAGGUUAUCCUGCGUCUGACGCCACAGUGCCUGACUUGAAACGCAAGCCUCUGGAUGAUAUUAUGGUGCACAUAUAACAGAAUCAGUCUGUAAAGAAAACACACAUUUGUUUAUCAUCAUCUUUGAGCCAUCUGAAAAAUCAUCAAAAAUAUAUACCUAAUGUAAUUAGAAAUGUUUUAAUUUAUCAGUCUAAAACUAAAGCUUAACAAUAAACAUACAGCAUAUAUGGAAGGAACAGAAAAAAGUGUCCUUGCAACCAUGCGUUGUGUGUAAGUCAUCAGAUACACAAAGCAACAUCGGAUGACAAUGACAAUACACUUUAAUACAAAUCCUUGAUUGACAAGUGUAGUUUAAUAGGCUAUUACUUUUAUUUUUAAUAAAGAUAACCCUACUGUUUAUAUCCUUUUUGUAUGUUUAUGUUCAGCCAAUCCUGUUUAGUUAAAAUAAUAAACAUUCCACAAAGCUA